AUGGAGAAAAAUCCAGCCAAAACCAGCACAGGAUCAGAAGGUUUCUAUAUUGUUUCUUCUGAGAAUGUUCCUGAGGGUGCUGAGCCUGAAAUAAUUUCAACCAUCAAGAAGACAUUUAACUUUGGUCAAAGUGAAGCAGUUCAUUUGUUUCAGACACUAAUGGAAUGCAUGAAAAAAAAAGAACUCAUCACAGUUUUUCAUAUUGGGUCAGAUGAAAAUCAGGACAUUGAUGUUGCAAUACUUACAGCAUUGUUAAAAGGCACGAAUGCAUCUGCAUUUGACCAGCUUGUUCUUACACUUGCAUGGGAUAGAGUUGACAUAGCCAAAAAUCAUGUUUUUGUUUAUGGGCAACAAUGGCUGGUUGGCUCUCUGGAACAGGCUAUGUUAGAUGCCCUUGUGAUGGAUAGAGUGUCAUUUGUGAAACUUCUGAUUGAAAAUGGAGUCAGCAUGCACAAAUUUCUUACAAUUCCCAGGCUAGAAGAACUUUAUAACACAUAUUCCUAGGGAAAUCUUCCUCCAGGAUAUAAAAUCAACCUGAUUGAUGUGGGGCUGGUUAUUGAAUAUCUGAUGGGAGGAACCUAUAGAUGCACCUAUACAAGAAAACGCUUUAGAGCUGUAUACAAUAGUCUCAGCGGGAACAAUCGGAUUGACACUGGUGCAGAAGAGGGAAAAAAGAAAAGAACCAAAGAUGAAAUAGUAGACAUAGAUGAUCCUGAAACAAGACGUUUUGCUUAUCCUCUGAACGAGCUGUUACUGUGGGCGGUGCUAAUGAAGAGGCAGAAGAUGGCCCUCUUCUUCUGGCAGCAUGGGGAGGAGUCCAUGGCAAAAGCUUUAGUUGCUUGCAAAGUGUAUCGCUCAAUGGCCUAUGAAGCAAAACAAAGCGACCUUGUGGAUGAUACUUCAGAAGAACUGAAACAAUAUUCCAACGAGUUUGGUCAACUUGCAGUUGAACUGUUAGAACAGUCCUUCCGACAGGAUGAAACUAUGGCAAUGAAAUUAUUAACCUAUGAGCUUAAGAACUGGAGCAACUCAACUUGUCUGAAGCUAGCAGUGUCAUCAAGGCUUCGUCCAUUUGUAGCACAUACUUGUACACAGAUGUUGUUAUCAGAUAUGUGGAUGGGAAGGCUGAACAUGAGGAAGAAUUCAUGGUACAAAGUGAUACUGAGUAUUUUACUCCCUCCUGCUAUACUGCUGCUGGAAUACAAGACCAAGGCUGAAAUGUCACAUAUUCCUCAAUCUCAAGAUGCACAUCAAAUGGCAAUGGAUGACAGUGAAAACAACUUCCAGAAUGCAGCAGAUGAAAUACCUAUGGUAAUGAUAUUGGACAGUACUUUAGAAAAGCAUGAUAUGGAGACUCCAGCAAAACCUAAAAGACUUCCAAUUACACAGAAAUUUUAUGCAUUUUAUCAUGCACCGAUUGUGAAGUUUUGGUUUAAUACGUUGGCAUACUUGGGAUUCCUCAUGCUCUACACGUUUGUGGUUCUUGUAAAAAUGGAAGAAUUACCAUCCAUUCAAGAGUGGAUUGUUAUUGCUUACAUUUUCACAUCAGCAAUUGAGAAAAUUCGUGAGAUUUUUAUGUCAGAGGCUGGGAAGAUUAAUCAGAAGAUUAAAGUGUGGUUCAGUGAUUACUUCAACAUCAGUGACACAGUUGCCAUUGUCACUUUCUUCAUUGGGUUUGCAUUAAGAUUUGGAGCGAAGGGAAAUUUUGGUGAAAACACUUACAGAGAAAAUUAUGUCUUUGUUGCUGGAAGAAUAACAUACUGUCUUAAUAUAAUUUUUUGGUAUGUGAGAUUACUGGAUUUUCUAGCUGUAAAUCAACAGGCUGGCCCUUACGUUAUGAUGAUUGGGAAAAUGGUGGCUAACAUGUUUUACAUUGUGGUGAUUAUGGCACUUGUGCUACUUAGUUUUGGUGUUCCCAGGAAGGCAAUUCUGUAUCCUGAUGAAGCACCCUCUUGGACUCUUGCUAGAGAUAUUGUGUUUCAUCCAUACUGGAUGAUUUUUGGUGAAGUGUAUGCCUAUGAAAUUGAUGUAUGUGCAAAUAAUUCUGAUGAAAAAGUUGCUCAUCUCUGUGGCCCAGGAACAUGGCUGACCCCGUUUCUUCAAGCUGUCUACCUCUUUGUACAGUACAUAAUUAUGGUUAAUCUCCUUAUUGCAUUUUUCAACAACGUGUAUUUACAAGUCAAGGCAAUUUCAAACAUUGUGUGGAAGUAUCAACGCUAUCAUUUCAUUAUGGCCUACCAUGAAAAACCUGUUCUGCCUCCACCACUCAUUAUUCUUAGCCACAUGGCUUCCCUGUUCUGCUGUAUAUGUAAAAGAAGAAAGACAGACAAGACUUCAGAUGGGCCAAGUAUGAACAAACUUUUCCUGACAGAAGAAGAUCAAAAGAAACUUCAUGAUUUUGAAGAGCUGUGUGUUGAGAUGUAUUUCAAUGAAAAAGAUGAUAAAUUUCACUCUGGAAGUGAGGAGAGGAUUCGAGUCACAUUUGAACGGGUGGAACAAAUGUGCAUUCAGAUAAAGGAAGUUGGUGAUCGUGUCAACUACAUCAAAAGGUCAUUACAGUCUUUAGAUUCACAGAUUGGCCACCUGCAGGAUCUCUCUGCUCUAACUGUGGACACUCUGAAAACACUGACUGCCCAGAAGGCUUCAGAAGCUAGCAAGGUUCACAACGAAAUCACGCGGGAACUGAGCAUUUCAAAACAUUUAGCACAAAACCUCAUUGAGGACGGCUCUCUAAGAUCUUCUGUGUGGAAAAAGCACAGCAUUGGAAAUGUCUUCGGUUCUUUUCCUCAAGGAGGCCUUGAAAGUAAUAAUGCUUUACUCUGUAACCUUUCUAUACGUGAUGAAAAAGAAGUCCAACAUAAGACAAUUGGUCAGGAGUUAGCUCCAGUUCCCCGAAGAGAAGAAGCAAACUUUCAAGAGGCAGGUUCCUCAGGCAGUGCCUUAUUUUCAAAUGCUGUUUCCCCUCCAGAACUUCGUCAACGAAUACAGGCUGCAGAGAUCUCAAAAUCCAUUAGUAAGAGUAAAAAAUUAGGCAAUUCGUCCAACAGCAUGCCACAUGUAACAUCCCCAACAGCUAAAUUUUUUGUUAGCACUCCAUCUCGGCCCAGUUGCAAAAGUCAGCUGGAUUCUUCAGCAAAGCACGAAGAGACUGUUUUCUCUAAGACUACAGAAGGAGAUAAUAAUGUAGAAUUUGGUGCAUUUGUGGGUAAGUAUAACAAAGUAGAUUCUGAAUGUCCUCAAGUCAUUAUUAGCUGCUCUUAUCCUCUUGCUUCUGGCUCUGCUUGCCUUGCUUUCACCCAACCUUGUGUUGAAAACAGAGGAUACAUUAAUUGUGGUUUUAUUCAUGAUGAGAGUGACACUAAUGAUAACUACAGCUGCAGAGUUGACAAAUAUGAUCACCAGUCCUCUGUCAACUUAAUGAAGAAAAACCCCCAAAUGAAGCUCUCUUUGUCAACUGGCGACUUGACAUCAACAGUCAACUGUAGCGGCUCACGUGGAAAAUUGAAUAUUAAAGAUGAACUUUCCAAAAGUCAUCAUGUCCAUGCAAUGGAACUACAAAACCAAGAUUUAUGUUCUAACAUCCUUAUGGGACUACUUCAUAAACUGUGGACCAAAUCUAAGCCACAAGUGCAAGCAGGCAGACAGAACUUAGAUGCUUUGCACACCUUUGUGUGCAAACCAAAGCACACCUUUGCUAUGGUGAUGCAGACUAUUGGCAUGGUCAGGACGUUGGAAGCUGCCUUUGAUUUUGAAUACUCUUUUUGA